AUGGAAAGGGUGCGAACGAAAAGGACUGCUCGCAGAGCACAAAAUACCCGAAUUGUCAGAGAGGCCACCGCAAUUCUCAACGCUGCGGAUGUAAUUCAAAUCGAGGCCAUAGCAAGAAAGCUUGAGGUAAAUUAUGAAGAACUCAAGAAGCUGAACACCGAGCUCGAGCCCUUCAUUGCUGAUGGAGAUCUCGAGAACGAAUACCAGUCGGUAAUUGAGUACGAGGAAGAAACGACCCAAACCUUGAGCAUGCUUCAAAGUCGAGCAGUGCAACUACGUUCUGGUGAACCAGCGCGACCAUCAACAUCGGCAAUUGCCGCGCGAAGCGAAGAACGAAGACGGAGCGGUAUUAAACUACCGAAGUUGCAGCUGCAAUCCUUUAAGGGCGAGCUUGCUGUGUGGCAGCCAUUCUGGCAACAAUUCAAGCGUGCCAUUCACGAAAACGGAGAGCUGUCAAGCGGCGAGAAGUUUCAAUACUUAAGGACGCUGGUUAGUGGACCCGCCAAGGCAUCUAUCGAUGGUCUCCAAGUGACGGAUGCGUGCUACAACGACGCAAUUGAAAUCUUAACUAGACAGUUUGGAGACUACAGGCGAAUCCAGCAAGACCACCUUACAAAGCUUCGAACGCUUCCGAGUGUCACCUACUCAAACGACACCAAGGGUUUAAGGAGACUUUACGAUCAGGUGCAAACCCACAUCCGCGGUCUUCAUGGACUUGGUGUCAGCUCAGACAGCUACUCGACCAUGCUGAUGGACAUUGUCAUCAAGGCUCUUCCAUCUGAAAUAGUGGUGGAUUUCUACCGACGUGCUGGCCAUUCUGAAAGGAAGACCCUCCAUCCGUAUGAGGGAGACGUGGCUGCACAUUCAUCUCCACCCACAUUACACGCAGAAGAACUGGGGUCAAUCUCAGGUACUUCCAGACCUGCUGAGCUGUCCGCCAGACCAACACCUCGAACUGAGGACGUUCAACUGAACAGCCGAAGGGCGGAGGGAGAUUUGCAGCAGUUGCUCGAAUAUCUGCUAAUCGAGAUCGAGAGUAGAGAAAGAUCUGGUGUCAGAGAUGAUCGUCCACCAAGAAAAAAUCUAGAGCAACUACAUCAACGAGCUCAUCUUCCGACUUCUGCGGUUCUCCAUGCCAAAGCUCAAGAUAACAAGAAGGAGUGCAUUUUUUGCAAAACUACAGGACACAGCACGGAAAACUGCACCAGUAACAUCUCUCUAAUGGAGAAGAAGAAGAAACUCUCAGGAGAGAUGCGGUGUUUCCGGUGCACCCUAAGAGGGCAUAGGUCAAAGGACUGCCACAGGAAAUUGUCUUGCACUUCCUGUGCGGGGCGACACGCAACAUCCAUGUGCGAUCCGACCUGA